AUGGCUGGAACAGGCAAAACCUUGAAUGUCACGACGGCACUGGGAACUUUAAAUGAAUUGAAAAAUAAAAUAUUUGAUUUUAUCCUCUUCUUCACCGUCAAAGACGGCUUGAGAACUCUGAGAAAUGAUUUGAUGAGGGAACUAGGCGUUAUUAAGGUUGAUAGUGAAGAUGAUGACAUGAAAGCUGCUGCCUUGUUGUACAGGAGGCUGAGAGGGAAGAAGUUCCUUCUCAUCUUAGAUGACUUGUGGGAAACAAUCAGUUUAGAAGAACUGGGAGUUCCUGAACCCACUGAAGAAAAUGGCUGCAAGCUCUUGGUGAUCACUCGAAACCGCAAACUGUGUGACCUUAUGGGCACUCAGGUUGAUGUCAGGGUGUCUGGUUUUACUGAGGAAGAUGCAUGGAGCUACAUCUGUGAAGCAGCCGGCGACGUCGUGAAGCAGCCAUCGAUCGAGCCCAUAGCUAAACGAGUUGCAAAAGAAUGUGAUUGCUUGCCUCUUGCACUUAAAGCGACAAUGGAGGCUAUGGCGGGCAGAAGCGAUGAGGUUUCUUGGCUGAGAAUGUUGGGUGAUUGGAUGCACUUUAGGCCUUCAAGGCGAAUCUUCGAAAAGUUGUUCCUGCGUUUGAAGUUGAGUUAUGAUCACUUGGAAAGUGAACUCCUAAGAAAAUGUUUCUUAGCGUGUUCUUUAUAUGCAGAAAAACAGGAGGUCAAUGUGAUAGAACUGAUACACUGGUGGAUUUAUGAAGGCUACAUUGACCUUACAGAGGAAAUGACAUUGUUGGAGGCUUAUGAGAAGGGGGCUCAUCUGAUAGAAGAUCUAAGAGAUGCAAGUAUGAUCGAAGUUCGUGAUGGAGGCCUUAUUAAAUUCAAUGAUGUGAUGAAGGACCUAGCUCUAAUUAUCAAAUCUAAAGAGUUCAUAAAGAAGAUCGAUCAAAAGCUACUCGAAGCACCAGACAGAGAAGCAUGGGAAGAAGCAGAGAUGAUAUCACUGAAAGAAAACCAUAUAACAAGCCUUGAGCAGAACCCAAACUGUCCCAAUCUCACUUGCCUGCACCUCUGUAGCAACCAUCAGCUGAGAAAGAUCUCCCCAGAGUUUUUUGAGCAAAUGCCGGAACUUCGCUUUCUAGAUUUGUCAUGGACAGGAAUUGAUUCUCUGCCAAGAUCAAUCUCUCAUCUUGUGAAGCUUCGAUUGCUUGAUUUGGACUUCUGCAGGUCCUUGAGAAACAUAACAGGUGUAGGGGCUCUCAAGCAACUGAUCACUCUUGAUCUCUCAGCCACCCCAAUAGAAGAGCUGCCAGUGGAAAUCGGUGAACUGACUCAGCUGAGACACCUGCACAUGUUUGCCACUGUGCAUCUCAAGAGAGUUGCUAGUGGGAUCUUGCCCAGACUCUGUUUUCUGGAAAUCCUCAAGAUGGGAGGUAGUUCCUAUGCUUGGCAAAGCGAGGGCCUGGUCGGUGAAGCCAGCUUGCAGGAGCUGUUGGGCUUGAGACGCUUAGAUGAUUUAGCACUUGUAGUGAGAAGUGUUGCUGAUUUCGAAUUCUUUGACCAAAGUACAUCUCUACAGUCAUGGAAAGAUGACGUUACCAUAGAGUGCAGAAUCUUAGAGACGUCGACGACUAUGAAGUUUGAAGGCAAAUUCAACAAGUGGGAGAGCGAAUUUGAGGAAGAAGACAUGGUUGCCAAGAUCCUAGCCACUGCAUCAUCGAUGGUGGAUAAGUAUGAAGGGUUCUUUGACAAAGCUUAAUUUGGUCGAAUUGACUUGGUGUUUAAAAUGGGUAGUGGAUUCAGAGCUUUUUCAAGGGGCUGGGAGUGAAGCUCCGGAUUGCUACUGCUGAGUGGCUUUUGAGAUUGAAGAACUUCUUGUUUGUGGAUUGAUAUGUUGUUUGGCUUUCUUUUGUAUGAAAC